CGACGACUUCUUCCGAGAGCGAACAACUUCAUCGCCAGCCAUUCUACCACCUCCAAACUCAUCGCUCGCAUCCUGCAAUUGUCUCAAUUGCACACACAGACUAUCGAGAUGGCAACACCAUUGUUCGGAAAGAAGUGGCCGGUGCCCGUCGCUCGCCCAAUGAUGCCUUUCUACGCUGCAGGCCUUAUCGUCCUCUACGGCAUCAACUCCUUCGCAGGCGUCCUCGCUAACACCGACGAGUACAAGAACGAUCCGAGAAACCCGAACGCCCGUGCAGGAUCUCACUAAGCUAAGCUUUGUCGCCUAAAAAAACAUGAGGGUGAAAGUUGCUCGAUGAUGUACGAUAAUGCACGGCAAAAGCACAAUCAAAUAAAAGUCGAAGCCGUCAUGGAGGUAGAGGUGGCUGAUCGCAUUGUGUACAUACAAGCAUAGACCUCGGGGGAAAAAGACUAAGCAGAUCAAAGCCAAGAGAUUACGUUUUCUUUGUGUGCACAUAUCGAUAUCUUCCCAUCCAAGUUCAUUCAAUCUCGUCAAAGCUGUACCCGCACUCAUUCGUAUCCUCGUGGUGUGCCGCUAUAUGUCUUGAGGUGUCUUGAGGGCAUGGGCUUCGGUUAGAGCAGCCGACGAUACGAAUAGCUAACGCAUGUUACUUUUGCCAAGCACUUGGCCGGAAGCAAAUCGACAUGAUCAGUGUCACACGCAUCGAUUGAAGAUACAGACGCGCAGUGGAAUUUGCGAAAGCGACGAUGUUGAACAAGCGAAGAAAUUCCAGUCUUCGAGUCUCACCUCCGGACCUGACACUCUUCCGAGGCGCUGGCAAAUGAAUAUUGAGCCUUUGAAUAAAAA